AUGAGUUCGAAUCUUCAACUACCAAAGAAAAAAUGGACAGAAGCAGAAAGAGCAGCUUUAAGCAAGAAACUGGAUGAUGAUUUGGAGCAAUUUAUGGAAGAAAUGGCUGCUAGAAAAGCAGAAAAACAAGAAGAGAAAAAACCAUUUGAUUUCGAUGAGUGGUGCAAAGAAAUUGACGAGCAUCCAGCAUUCAUGAAAGAGCUCAAGCUGGGAGGAAAGUAUGGUGAAACCAUUGAAGCCCUUCAGGCAAUGAAAUAUGAGAGAGGAGAUGGAGAGGACUCGGUAAUGAAUGCUGAGGACCACAAUAAGGAAGGGAACAAGCAUUUUGGAUUCAAAAAGUAUCGAUGGGCCACAGAUUGCUACACAAAUGGUAUAAAGGAAAAGUGUCCUGAUAGGAAACUCAAUGCGGUUUUGUAUUUCAACCGAGCCGCUGCCCAGCGUCAUAUCGGAAAUUUGCGUUCGGCGAUCAAAGAUUGCGCGAUGGGACGAAAAUUUGAUCCCACACAUCUAAAGGGAGUAAUUAGAGGAGCCGAAUGCUUAAUGGAACUUGAAUAUGCAAAAGAUGCCCUAAAUUGGAUUGAAUCUAGCAAGAAACUGUUCGCGUUUCACAAAGAAACGUCGGAAAAUCCCGAUUUAAGCGAAGAAGAAAAGAAGUAUAUAGAUGACAUUGAAAAAUUGAGAGUGAAAGCUGUUGAAAUAUCUUUGAAAGAAGAAAGGGAUAAAAGAAAAUCGAGAGCCGAAGAGCGAAAAGAUACGGAAAAGAAGAAGAAGCUGCUCGAUGCUUUGAAAGCGCGAAAUUUAAAUUUAUGUCCAAGAGUUCCUUUUGAUCAUCCAGAGCUAAUGGAUAUGUCGCUUCUUACAGUAUCACUUGCACAGAUGCAUACGCACGAGUGUGUUCAAUUUGACGAUGACGGGAAUUUGGUGUGGCCCGUUUUGCUACAGUACCCAGAAACUGGUCAGACCGAUAUUUUAACGGACACGUGUGAAACAACGAGAUUGGGAGAAUUGCUGCAGGAAGUGCUUGCAAGUCCAGCAGAUUGGGAUCCGGAGCAUAAAUUCAAAUUCGAAAAUGUCCGGUUUUUCGUUUCGGAUCAAUAUGAUGAAUAUUGCAUGGAAAUUUUUGAAUGGAUGGAUUUCAAGACAAUUUUAAGUUUGCCUGGGUAUCAAAUAAAGCAUGGAUUGCCGGUUAUAAUGAUUUUUACCAAAGAAAAAGCUUCCGAAUCACUAAAACAGAUCGAUGAAACCGAAAAUAAAUACCUCUUUUCAUAA